GGAGACGAUGAAUCUCAUCGCGGACCACCGAUGUGGAGAGGAAAUUCACAGAUGUCAACAACGUUUGUCUGCUUAAGGCCCGCCCGCGCCUGCCUUAAGUGCUACAGUGAGUCCUCUCGGCGUGAACAUAUAAUCUAUGACACAGGUCUCAUUCAUUCUUUAAUGUCGCUAUACUCGCCUCACUUCCCCACGUGGAAUUGAACCCGUACAUUCGUUAACAUGGCUACAUUGUAUUCUUCCUUGCCCAUUGCUUCCUUUCCAAAUGCUACCUCUCAAGUCCUUCACUCACAGACAUUCACAAACAACAUCUUUAUCACAUACAAAUGGACAAUACUAGCAACGGUUUUGCUAUGCCCUGCUCUCUUCGGCUUUCUGCGCUAUCUCCUCUUCAAGGACAAACCACCCAAGGGCCUCCGACUCGUACCGGGACCUCCUAGUACGAUUCCUUAUAUCGGACGAGUCGAUAUCGAUGCCAACGCCCCCUGGAAUUCCAUGAAGAAGUGGGCCGAUGAGUACAAGGGGUUCUUCAGACUGACAGCUUGUGGUGAGAUGCACAUCUGGCUUGGCGACAGCGACAUUGCUCAGGAACUGUACUGCAAACGCGCUCCUCAAUAUUCUUCGAGACCGGAAGUCGCUGCGGUACCUGGUAGUCACUCGCAGGCACAAUACUUACCCUUGCUCGAGUAUGGAGAUCACUGGCGCAUGCAAAGGAAAUUUGCCCAUACAUCAUUGAACUCUGCAUACAACAGUCAAUAUCACGGUUACAUCCCGGUGGAGGCAAAGCGAUUCUUGUACAAUCUCCUUCAGGAUCCCCAGGAUCAUUAUUCACAAACCGAUCGCUUCUGCGGCCGAAUUGCCUCAAGACUUUGUUUUGGUUCUCCGGCAUCAGCAGCCGCGCAUUGCAAGAAUGCGGCCGAAUUCAUUCCACAGAUUUCUCCCUCAGCCAGUGGACCAAUCACCAAUAUCAUGCCGUUCUUAGGGGCCCUUCCGGAAUGGAUCAACACCGCCAAGAAGCCAUGCCGACAACGACGAGAACGUGAGGAGCGUCUGUGGAAAGGUCUCAUGACCCAGGUCCGCAAUGAGAUGGAUCGAGGUAUUGCUGAAGUCUCAUUUGCGCGGACCUACUUCGAACGCAAGGAUGCUGCUGAAAAGAAAGGUGACGGCAAAGACUUCGGUUUCGACGAGCAUGAAGCUGCAUACGCUGUAGGCAUGUUGUGUACCGUGGCAAUCUUCACUAUUGGUGGACCCCUGUAUUGCUUCUUCCUGGCCAUGGUGCUUCACCCAGAAUGGCAGGAGAAGUGUCGUGCCGAGAUCGAUGCUGUGGUGGGACACGAUCGAAUUAUCGACCUCAGCGACUCUCCCAACCUUCCUAUUCUGCGAGCAUGUAUCAAGGAAUGUAUCCGGUGGCGCCCACCAGUCCCGCUCGGCGUCCCUCGUCUUGUCACUGACGAUGACGAGUACGAAGGCUACUAUAUUCCGAAAGGAGCUGUCGUACACGCCAUCGAUUUAUCCAUGGCACGCGAUCCCACUCUGUAUCCUGACGCUGAUGCCUACAACCCGGGCCGAUGGCUCGAGGCCGAGUAUCCGACAUACCAAGAACCACUGACGGUACAUCCUCGCCUACUGGGACAUCAUGGAUUUGGCCGAGGUCGACGGAUGUGCCCGGGCAUUGAGGUCACGGAGGCUGAAUUGUUGGUCGGCUGCGGGUCUUUAUUAUGGGCCUUCACCAUGAAACCGAAUGUUGGACCAGAUGGUCAGUUGCAAUGGCCUGACCCGUUUGCGAUGACGAGUAAUGUCAUUGGAGGUCCGUUGCCGUUCAAAUUUGACCUCAAGGUCAGGAGCGAGCAGAGACGGGCCAAGAUUGAGGAGCUGUAUCAAAAGGACAAGCAUUUGAUGAUGGACUAAUGACCUUGGAUAGCCCGGUGGAUGGGCAUUGGAUAAUUGCAGCGGCCAGCAGCAAACUGGGUAGAGUAAUUGAACAUUGUAUAAGAGUUGAUGAGGACUUUUGAGCUCACAAUAUCGUAUUGUUAUGACCUACUUUUCGAGGGCGCUGUGAUCGAUCGUACUUGGCGAAAUGCAGUCACUUUCUACCAGGACCG